UUUUUCGACUUUUCUUGUUCACGACCGAUCUGAACGAAGCUACGAUUAUUCCCAAGUCAACAAAAAUUUGGGAUACGAAAUUCCGAUUUUAUUUAGAAAAGCUGGACCCCUCUUUUUCCGCCCAUCGACCUUCUUUUUUACCUGCCUAAUUUUUGUCGCAUCCUCGGCAACAAUUUAAUUCUUUGCACGACGAUCGCGUUUCGCCUUUCACCAACCUACCUCAAUAUUUUCGCAAAGCUUUUAGGCAUUCACCACAAUGGCCGACGCUCCAGCUCCUUCUCAGCUUCCGCCGCCGCCCCAGCCUAAUGCUGGCGCGCCUGGUUUCGAGAACCAGAAUGGCCAAGCCAAUCCCGCUCACAUGCCGCCUCCUCCCCUCCAUAUCCCGCCGAACACCAAUCCUAUCCCCACCGCUAUCACGUCUCCUAUGUCGGCUGUUGAUAAGGGUGUCAUGUCUCCGAGUAGCGGUGGUCCUUUCCCGCGCCGUGCCGCACCGGAGCCGAACAAGCGCGCCCUGUACGUCGGCGGUCUUGACCCUCGUGUCACAGAGGAUGUCUUGCGUCAGAUUUUCGAGACUACUGGUCACGUUCAAAACGUCAAGAUCAUCCCUGAUAAGAACCAAAAGGGAUACAACUAUGGUUUCGUCGAAUACGACGACCCCGGCGCAGCUGAGCGUGCUAUGCAGACGUUGAAUGGUCGGCGCGUCCACCAGUCUGAGAUCCGAGUUAAUUGGGCUUAUCAAUCUAACACUUCCAGCAAGGAAGACACAUCAGGCCACUUCCACAUUUUCGUUGGUGAUCUAUCUAAUGAAGUUAACGAUGAAGUUCUAUUGCAGGCUUUCUCAGCUUUUGGAACCAUCUCGGAGGCACGCGUCAUGUGGGAUAUGAAAACUGGCCGUUCCCGAGGUUAUGGUUUCGUCGCUUUUAGAGACCGCGCCGACGCUGAAAAGGCCUUGAGUUCGAUGGACGGCGAGUGGUUAGGCUCACGCGCGAUUCGAUGCAACUGGGCCAACCAAAAGGGGCAGCCUUCAAUGGCACAACAGCAGGCUAUGCAGGCUAUGGGCAUGACACCUACUACCCCUUACGGUCACCACCAUUUCCCGACCCACGGAAUUCAGAGCUACGAUAUGAUCGUCAACCAGACACCCGCUUGGCAGACCACUUGUUACGUCGGCAAUUUGACCCCGUACACGACCCAAAACGAUGUCGUGCCUCUUUUCCAGAACUUUGGCUACGUCACUGAGUCGCGAUUCCAGGCCGAUCGCGGCUUUGCAUUCAUCAAGAUGGACUCGCAUGAAAAUGCAGCCAUGGCAAUUUGCCAAUUGAAUGGAUACAAUGUCAACGGACGACCUCUGAAGUGCAGCUGGGGUAAAGACAAGACUCCUAACGCACAGGGCAGUGCGGGAGGUGCAUUCGACCCUGCUCAACAAGCUUUUAGUCCUCAGAGCGCUCAGCCGCCAUCGGCAUACCCUGGCACACCGUCGACUUUCUUCCCCCAGUACGGAGGUCAGUACGGUGGUCAGCAGCAGCCUUACGCUGGCCCGCCGGCUCAGUCGCCCGCGGGUUACGGAGCUCAGCCCAUGGGAUACGGAGGGCCACCAAGCGCUGGAGGUUAUGGACGUGGCCAACAACCCCCUAACCAGCCGUGGACCCAGCCGCCGCCCACUCAGAGCUUCAACAGCGGCUAUCCUGGAUACCAGGGUUAAUGGAUAUACGAGGCAGUCGGUUUUAUCAAUGGAGCAUUUGGUUGAAAGGAGGCCCUUCAGAUGCAUGCGUUAGCAACAUCUUCUCU